AUGUACUAUUAUUUUCUGAUUAUCAUCUCUCUAUUAUUCCAACAAGCCGAAUGCUCUGGUUAUCUAGACUUAUCAUUUAAAAGUGACUUCAAUCUAAAAGCAUUCGUCAAUGUGUCCAGGGACACCACUCCAUUGCUCAUCCCAUUUUUCAUCUCACCCAACAAAACUGAAUGGCUCCCAAAGAUUCCAAUUAGAUUUGACGAAAAAGUCAGCCUCACGAUUUUGGUGAUCAAUCAUGAUAGGCCAGACAUUGACAACUCAACACUGACAACUUCUUUCGAUCCGAAACAAGGGAUUCUGUCUCCCCUGACAGUGAUGUUCCCAUUCAGUGGAAUCAAAAUCAAUGUUGGAUGUGAUGACAAAUGGUACGGUGAGAAAUGUGACGUCUUCUGUUGUUCGGAGACAGCUUCAAGAGUUGGAAAAGUGUGCAACUCUUUCGGACAACUUGGUUGCCCAAAUGGAAAACGAGGUCUGGAUUGUGGGCAAGAGAUCAGCAAGAAGUGGUGUAAAUGCAAAAACAAUGGGGCCUGUGUCUCUUCGUUUGGAAAGAAUCUUCGAGAGAAAAUGCAAUGUUCGUGUAAGAUUGGAUUCACCGGAGUUCAUUGUGAGAAGGAGAUGGAGAGCAUUGAGAUGAUGUCCACGUAUGGUGUGGAUCCGAAGAAGUUCGAUAUUGGAACUGCGAAGAUGUUGUAUGAUAGUGUGAUGGAUAACGAGUUUAGUGAAGUGUCCCGACCACAUUCCAGUCAUUUACUUCAUAAUUUGAGAAUCAAUGAUGCCUAA